AUGUAUAACGCAUCCAUGAAUAUCCUGAAACAUCGGCUUGUACCGAGAAGUGGUCAAUUGAACCAGCUGAGAUGUUUCAUUGUACCAGCAUUUUCAGCAUUGAUUGGGUCUAUGCUUUUCAGUGAAAGCAACAGUCUUGCAAAUAAAAUGGAGAAAGGUUUACUCCAUUAUGAUGAUCCCAAUAAAAAACACAACGAGAAACUCAAUAGAUUCAUAUUCAAAAGAAGUACGCCUAGUUAUCCUGGCCAUGUCUCAUUAUAUAAUUUUGAGAAAUUAUUAAUGUUUCUUGGAUCAUCUAUUGGUUCAUAUUUUCAUCCAGAAAGAAACGAAUUCAUUGUUGCGUUAGGAGAAUCUACUGCAAUAUCUCCAGUUUUGAAAAAACUCCAGAAGCAGAUGCUCAGUGACCCGGUUGGUCGUCAAAUUUUGAAAGAAAGACCGAGAAUGACAUCCACUUCCUUAGAUCUAGACUAUUUAAGACUGCUUCCCACAAACACAAUUGGCCACACUUAUAUCAAGUGGCUAGACAGAGAAGGAGUGAGUCCUGAUACAAGGGUUCCCGUAAGAUACAUUGACGACGAUGAAUUAGCAUAUAUAUUCCAAAGAUAUAGAGAGUGUCACGACUUUUAUCACUCUAUCACUGGCUUACCUAUUAUAAUUGAAGGAGAAAUCGCUGUUAAGCUCUUGGAAUUUAUGAAUAUAGGAAUACCUAUGUCUGGAUUGGGUGCCCUCUUUGCUCCCUUGAGAUUAAAAAAGAGCCAAAAAGAAAGACUCUACAACAUAUACUAUCCAUGGGCCUUCAAAAGUGGUCUAAACUCAAAGCCAUUGAUCAAUGUUUAUUGGGAAAAGAUAUUGACUAAAGAUGUCGACGAGUUUAGAGCUGAAAUGGGAAUUGAACAACCUCCAGACUUGAGAAAUCUUCGAAGAGAGUUCUUUAAGAAACUUAAAGAGAAAAAAAAGGUUAAUACCUAA